ACAACUUCGAUACGCUAAGAAAACAUUACUUCGGAAGCGUUAUUACUACACAGGUAUCUAAUGCUAGCUAGGUAUGUAAUGCUCAGAGUUGUGCCGUUCUAGAGAACGUUCUCAGUUCUGGAUAGUCUCUAGUAAUGCUUCAAUGUCCUCAAUCAGAUAAAGGGCAAUAUACUUCUAAAUCUGUAAAUAAAUUUAGUGUAGUUUGCAACAUCGCCUCAAUCACACAUACACAAAAUGUGUAACCAACUGUGUCUAAUCUAAUUUCUAUUCAGUUGCUAGGUCCAUUCCAACGCCGCAGAACCGCUUUGUGGCGUUUUUUCUUAAACCGUUAAGCGUACGCGACCUUUUUAGGUAGUUUUUACGGUAACGAAAUGGACCCAGCAGGCCAGCGACCGUUGCUGGUUCUGGACCUACGAAACCACAAAUAUGUGGGUUAUCUCCAGAUAGUCUAGGUGAUAGAAGGCAUCGGUUAACGGCGAAUAAUACAGGGGCACCGGUUAACGGCGAAUAAUGCAGGAUGAUUCAGAAGACGUAAGCAGGAUUAACCCUAUGAAUUCAGUAAAUUAUAACUUAUAAUUUAUAAGCUACUGUUUCGUACCAGUAUUAGUAAAAAUAACGUUUGAAAAAAAAAGUUAGAGGAUAUUAUUUACUACUUGCAUGGUCACUCUACAAUUAGAAUACUACCGAACCGAUUUGCUUUAUCCGUGACAAAUGUCAAAUUGAAUGUCAUCAGCGGCUGUAGCGAUCGUAUUUUUAUCACUUGUCACUAUGCCUGUCACGUUCUAACAAGUAUGUAAGAGCAAAAGUGACAGACAUAGUGACAAGUGAUAAUAAAAAUGCGACCGUGCUACAGCCGCAAAGCCUAAGUUACUAGAGGUAGGUUAAAAAAAAUAAAAUAAAAAAUAUUUAUUUCAGACUCAUAAAAUCCAUAUCUUGUUAGUCUCAUUUAAACUAGGAAUCCUAUAAACUAAAUGUUAGUAGUUAUAACAAAAUUAAAACUAUAAAUUAAAUUAUAACACUCUAUUUCCCACUUAUUUAACUUAUUUUGCACUCCCCGUUACAAUGCUAACCCAAUUCUUUAAUAUAGGGCAGCCAAGACGCCCAGCUACCAUCCAGCUAUCAGCUACCCUCCUACAUCGCUUACUUUUGAAACAUCGUAUCUCACUCAAAUUUAACGUUUUACUUUCUUUAUAUUCAAAGUGCUGACAUCUACUUAAGUGGAGAAAAAAAUAAUGAAAUACCUACGAUGGUGAACGAUCCAUUAAUAUUUACUGUGCGUAGGGUUGGUCAGCCUUACGUCUUAUGAAACAUCCUGUAUUUCACCAUAGUUUUGUUUUACAACCUAUUAUUUUAUUUGUCAGUCAUACUUAGCUAAGUUCCAUUAUUUUAGUAUAAAACCAGGUACUGUUUGUAGACUCAUUUGACGAAAGUGAAGAACUUCAUACUCGUACAUAAAAUUUGGUAAAAUAUAAAAUUACAUUACUUUCGAGAUCGCCAUAUAUUUUUAAACUUGUAAGUGACAUAUUAAUUUAUCAACCGGUAGACCGGUACUGUCUUUUCUUGCUAUUUUAUCACUAUUACGAGAGAGAAGAUGUUUUACGUCAGUAAAUACUGACGUUGCUAGGCUGGGUAUUAAGGGGCCUGAUUGCCAGUUUGCCGGACGAUAUCGACCUGUCAGUUAUUCGCAAAAACUGACAAUCGCUAAUAACUGACAGGUCGAUAUUGUCCGGCGAACUGGUAAUCAGUGGGCCCCUUUAGGUACAUGGUAACAAACGCCGUGAAAACUGAACGCAAAUACCUCUACAUAACGAUGUUUAUUUUAGAGAUUUACGGCGUGCUUAUGGCAAUCAACACGUAAUAUAUUCGACGCGAUGAGCGUAAUACGAACAUUAUUACGAGUAAUUUGGGCGUUCAACACGUGCAAAGUCGAGACGAUUCAUCUCUUUAAAGGCGUUCUAAAAUCUGUACCUACAUUUGACUAUUUUUUCAGUAUUUGAAAGAUUUGUGUCUUGUGUUGUCGACUGGAACAAUAUGUACACUUUUUUUUGUGAAACUCCACUUGAUGAAUUCUUCUUUCGAUACAGGAAACUUCUUUUUUUCCAGAGUAACUUCUAUAAAAUAAAUGGCUCGUAUUACAUGCCCGCAUAUGCGGCUCCAUCGUUGUCACGGACACAGUACAUGUACGAGAACGGGACAAAUGACGAUGGCCUCUUAACUCGGGACAAGUUCAUGGAAGUGAACGCGCGAAUGGAGGCGCGGCGGCGUUUCCUGAGGAGCGAGUGCUCGCGGCUCGGCCUGGACAGCUCGCGGAACAAGGCCUACGCCUGGGAGUACCUGAUCAACCGCCAGUACCAUGUUAUUUGGUGUAAUAUAUUUAAAGCGGCCUCCACGUCAUGGAUGUACAACUUCAAUCUAAUGGCAAACUACACGGCUGCUUUCUUAGACAAAACUAAAGAAGUGCCUCUAGGACUGGCUAGAAAGAAAUACGCCAGGCCAUCAGUCGAAAUGGUCAAGAAAGCCCAAGUAGACUCAAUAUCAUUCCUGAUCGUGAGGCAUCCUUUAGAAAGGCUAGCUUCGGCGUACAACGACAAAAUCGCCCACGCAUGGCCCAAGUCCUUCCAUGACAAGAUGGGAUACAGGAUUAUUCAAAAGUAUAGGAAAAAGAAAUCUCCAGAUGCGCCACAUUCGCCGCAUCCCAUGUUCGAAGAGUUCGUCUCCUACGUUCUGGACGAAGCCCGGGCGAAGCGGACGCUCGACAUGCACUGGACGCCGUACACGGACUUCUGCACGCCGUGCAAGUUCGAUUUCGACGUCGUGCUUAAGUUCGAGACUUUGGACGAGGACCAAAGGUACCUGAUUCAGCUAGCGCGGCUGCAGGACGUGGUGAAGCCGGAGUGGCGGAACAGCGGCAAGGGCAAGACCCAGCAGAGCAUCAACCACCUCUACUCGCGGCUGCGGCGGCAGCAGCUGGUCGGCUUGUAUAACCUUUACAAAUACGACUUUCAACUCUUCAACUACACCAUAGACAGCUAUUUCGAAAUCGUGCAACCCGACGACCCGAGCCACGGAUGAGCGUAAUUACAUUUUGGCUUAGUCAUUUAUACUUAAUGCGCACAAUAUAAAAGGGCGUAAACGACUAGAAGGUCCAAGAAAGUUAGAACCUUUGUAACAGAGAUAGUGAUCGACAGUGUACCGACCAAGAUAAGGCAUGUGAGCGAUGGAAAUUAGACAUUGUGUCUGUGGGUUAAGGAUCAUGUGGACUGUUUAUUUGGUGGAAUCGAUUCGAUAGAAGUUGUCAAUUCAGUCUUUAGUUUAUGGGCUAAAGCUUUUGUUAGUUUUUGAUGUUAAUGUUUGUUGGAAGUGUUGAGAUGUGAUACCCAGUAACAGCAUAAGUACAAGGAUUAUUUGGUAUGUUUAAUGAUUUGUAAACCUAUGUACAAAUUAAGAUAUGUAUUUCCAUUUGAUUAUCAGAUGUGAGAUAUACAGUCAUGUCUAAAAAUAUCGAUACGGACAAAGUGCCAAAAAUAUGUACAUAUACACACACUCCCUUAUUGCCCAUAGCCCCAUAUAUUAAAGUAGGUAGUGUAUAUUUUUGGCACUUUUUGUCUAUAUCGGUAUUUUUAGACGUGACUGUAUCUUGUCAUAUACAAACCUCUAAUUUCACGUCAUAUUUGAGUUUAUUUCAGCGUAAUAUCGCUUUAUGGAAAUAUUGAAAAAGUCAAUAAAUUAUUUAACCAGCGUACACUGACGCCCUUGCAAUAAAUCACUUGCGAUUUUCAAUACUUACAUUGCAUCAUUUGACCGAUCAAUUGAAUAUGUUGCACCGACUUAGUCGGCAAUGCAUCGAGAAUCGCAUGCGAUUUGCUGCCAAGCCUGUCUGGGACUUAACAUGGACGCCCCGCUGGACAUCGCCACUCGAGCGGCAUAUUUUCACUAAUCAUUUUCCUCUCAAGCGGCUAAUUGGUCUGUUAAUGUUUGCCGAUAUAAUAUCCCUUAAUGGACGCAAGUAGGCUCGAUAUUUGAUACUGUUGGUCGGAACGAACCUAAGAACCCCGAUAAGGUUAAGGGAUCGUAUUAAAUGUUAUUGUAUGAGUAAUAAUACUCUUGAUCUGCUCUUGAUUAAUUGGAGUCAGAGUCUCCGAACUUUACCUACGUAACAAAUAUAAUGCUGUAUUGUUUUUGCAAGAUAUAUACCGGAUGUCCGGUAAUUAAAAGACAAACUUCUACCACCGACAGGGCACCUUAUGUUGGUCCAGAAAAAUGGACUUAUAGAUUAGCUUGUGUC